CAAUGGGCACGCUCGGGGGAGCCGGGCUGGCGGCGGCGGUGGCGGCCGGCCGGGCGCGCACUCUCAGGAUGGAGAGCGAGCGCCCGGCAUCGCAGGCGCGCUCCUCGGGCCUCCCGGCCGGGGGCGCCGACGGGGAGAGCCCGGGGGGCGGCGCCCCCUUCCCGGACAGCAGCGGCUCUUCCGUCCUGCUGCAGGCGGAGGUGCUGGAUCUGGACGAGGACGAGGACGACCUGGAGGUGUUCAGCAAGGAUGCCUCAUUGAUGGACAUGAACUCCUUCAGCCCUAUGAUGCCAACAUCCCCUUUAUCAAUGAUAAACCAAAUCAAGUUUGAGGAUGAACCAGAUUUAAAGGAUCUCUUCAUCACAGUUGAUGAACCUGAAAGUCACGUUACUACAAUAGAAACUUUCAUUACGUAUAGGAUCAUUACUAAGACAUCUCGUGGGGAAUUUGACUCCAGUGAAUUUGAAGUUAGGAGACGGUAUCAAGAUUUCCUUUGGUUGAAGGGAAAACUGGAAGAAGCACACCCCACUCUGAUUAUUCCACCAUUGCCAGAAAAGUUUAUAGUAAAAGGAAUGGUGGAACGCUUUAACGAUGACUUCAUUGAGACACGCAGGAAGGCUUUACAUAAAUUUUUGAACCGAAUCGCUGAUCAUCCAACUUUAACAUUUAAUGAAGACUUCAAAAUUUUUCUCACCGCACAAGCUUGGGAACUCUCUUCUCACAAGAAGCAAGGUCCUGGCUUGCUAAGCAGGAUGGGGCAAACAGUCAGAGCUGUUGCAUCCUCAAUGAGAGGAGUUAAAAACCGCCCAGAGGAGUUCAUGGAAAUGAAUAACUUUAUUGAACUAUUUAGCCAGAAAAUAAAUUUGAUAGAUAAAAUAUCUCAGAGAAUUUAUAAGGAAGAAAGGGAAUAUUUUGAUGAAAUGAAAGAAUAUGGCCCAAUUCAUAUUCUGUGGUCAGCGUCAGAAGAGGAUCUGGUUGAUACUCUAAAGGAUGUUGCCAGCUGCAUUGACAGAUGCUGUAAGGCCACUGAAAAGCGGAUGUCUGGACUCUCAGAGGCCCUGCUUCCUGUUGUACAUGAGUACGUGCUUUAUAGUGAAAUGUUAAUGGGUGUUAUGAAAAGAAGAGACCAAAUACAAGCAGAACUGGAUUCCAAAGUUGAAGCUUUGACGUAUAAAAAGGCAGAUACUGAUCUGCUUCCAGAGGAGAUUGGAAAACUUGAAGAUAAAGUGGAAUGCGCUAAUAAUGCCCUGAAAGCAGAUUGGGAAAGAUGGAAACAAAAUAUGCAAAAUGAUAUCAAGUUAGCAUUUACAGAUAUGGCUGAGGAGAAUAUCCAUUAUUAUGAACAGUGCCUUGCUACGUGGGAAUCAUUCCUUACAUCACAGACCAACCUCCACUUGGAAGAAGCCUCUGAAGAUAAACCUUAAUCCCACUGAGGACUUCUGUUUGAUCUUUGGGAGACAGCAUUUAUUAACCAAAGUUAUUCUUUCUGGAUAUGCCCUGUCCUUAUAAAGUGGAUGAAAAAUAUUUUGUACCCAUCUGGAAAACCAACAACUUGAAAUCUCAGGUAUUCCAGGUCACUGACAUGAAUUUGAAGAUAGAUCUAUCUGUAUGGAUAUAUAUCUAUAUGUAUAUAGAUAUAUAAAUACAGAGAGAGAUCUGGCUUGGUUUUAAUUAUGUUCUUAAAUUUGUGUGCCAAUAAUUGCAUAUAGUUUUUUUUCUUAAAUAUUUGACUGUGGAACAUGCCAUUUUAAAUAUAUUGUAAGGACUGUUUUAAUAAAACGUUUAGUAUGAA